CAAGUCUCAAUAUUUUCUCCCAUCGUUUGUUGUCAUCCACUUGCCCUAUUUACGUCCAUCCUGCAAUGGUGCCAGAAAGCUCAAAGCAGACGUAUUUCGACGUAUCUUCUCUGCCGGAUACAUCAAUUGCAGAAGUCGACUUCGUUGAGACAUCUUUUUUUCAUUCUCACGCGCUGGCUUCACCCCAGCUACCAACACCAGCCAACGUCCUCAAAGAGAACCCAGACCUCGAGGAGGGCGUCGCUAUUUAUAAGAAGCUGAAUCUCGCGAUCAAAUUCGGGGGUCCUUCUUACCUUAGGUUGGAAGAAGCUCAAACAAUGAGAGCAGUCAAACGCGCAUUCCCAAACAACGAAGUUCCAGUACCCGAAGUUUUCGGAUGGAGUAAGUAUAGGGACAAAUGUUUUUAAUAUAUGAGUCUCAUCCCUGGCAAAACACUGCGGGAGGCAUAGCCAGCGCUUACUGAGGUGGAUAAUAAGUUG